AUGGCUCAGGCAGAGGAACUUGAAAGUAGCUCGAUGCCCUCCACUCCGCGCGAGUCCAGGGGGUUGUACAAAUACGAGCCAUUACCAACUUCCACAUCUAUCAGGCUCAUACGGGUCAAUAGCAAAGACCCAGAUGGCACCGUCCAUGUGCAAUUGAAGACAGUUGACUUGAAUGACCGGCCUUGGUAUAACGCCGUCUCCUACACCUGGGGAAACCCCCAUACCGAGUUGCCCCACGUCCAAGACGCCCACGCAGCGUAUUCGCAAAAAUAUCCUCCUGAGCAUCGAGAGCCUAUAAUAGCAAAUGGGCAAAUUCUAUACGUCAGCCGAAGUGCAUACGAUGUACUGGCAUCUGUACCGACGGACGCUUGGGCAAAGCGGUGCAACAGGAGAAACCCCAGGAAUCAACUUCGCGCGACUAUCCAUACGGCUUGUAUGACCAGCAAGAAAGAUUUUGUCGAAGAGCUGAUCUGCGCCGGGGUAGAUGUUAAUGUUCAAGAUGAAUAUGGUAGAACUCCGCUAUGCUAUGCCGCUAGACUCGGAAAGCUUGAAUUCGUGGAGCUUUUGCUCGCUGCCGGUGCGGAUAUCUACAUUACUGGAGAGAACAAGAAUCUCCCCCUUGAAUAUGCCCGAGAGGGUGGAUCUGAAGAUGUUAUCAAAUGUCUUGAAGAAGCAGAGAAAACGGAAGGGUUAGAUGUGCCUCGUAGAUCGUGGCCCGAAGGACCCCAAAUGUGGUGCUGGAUUGACCAGAUCUGCAUUGAUCAGGGUAACCUUGAAGAGAGAGCCUCACAAGUGUCAAUUAUGGAUCAGAUCUACGAAUGUGCAUCUUACACCCUUAUAUGGCUCGGACCCGAAGACGCGCAUACCCAAACCGCGGUUGACACGAUCCUAAAACUGGAUUCUGCGAAAGGAGAUCUUAUUCAUGCCAAUGAAAUUAUCCCUUAUGAGCAACAAUCCGAGGAGGUAUAUGCCGCAGCUGAUAUUCCGUAUGUUUCGCAAAUGGAGUGGACAGCCCUUGCCGUGCUUUUCCUCCGCCCAUAUCUCAGAAGGCUGUGGGUGAUUCAAGAGAAUAUUCUCUCACAUACAUGUCUUGGAUAUUGUGGUAGAUUCGAGAUUCCUUGGCAGGCAUUCUGCACAGUUGCACAGCAGGUCUACUUCCGACAGACCCUUUUAGGAAGGGUUACUUCAACUAACUUCAUUGGUAUAAACAGUCCUGUGGUGGCCAUAGAGAGCGAAAUAGUGCAUCUCACACAGUGGAAGGAUCGGCUACAGAAUCAAGCUUCUAUGCCUAAGACCCUCUCCUUGGAAAACCUCCUUUUUGAGACCUGGACCUUUCGCGCCACAGAUCCGAGAGAUAAAAUAUUCGGACUUUAUGGCCUUCUUGCCAAAGCUGGGACUGUGUCCUGGCGACCGGACUAUAAGAAAUCAGUUGCACAUGUCUACGCGGAUGCUACAAAAGAGAUAAUGGAAAACGCUGGUGAGCUGCGUAUGCUCUCUGCGGUUCUUGAUAGGUCGCUUCGCAAUAUCUCGGACCUUCCUUCAUGGGUCCCAGAUUACAGCGUUCCGUUCUGUAACAUGAUGUGCGCUAACUAUAACGCUGCUGGGAAUCUUCCUCAAGCGCCGAUCCAGCCCAGUCCCUGGGAUGUGCUCGCAGUAUCCGGGGUUCGAAUUGAUACCGUCUUGCAAACGGGAAACGCGACAUCUGGGCCCAACCAACUCUCUAUGUUCUUUGAUGCCCGCUGGUUCGAGCUCGCAUUGCUCCUCCCACACCCCUAUCACAACGGUCAGGCAAGAACUGAGGUACUAUGGCGCACAUUAUGCGCGGACCAGAAGACUGAUGGAUCAUUCCCAGCCCCUGCAGACUACGGUGGUUACUUUCGGCAAAUGCUAUGUAGACUUUCCUGCGUGAAAGUAGAGGAGACUGCCAGGACUUCCGCGGUAGAGCCAAAUACAGUCUUUCUUGAAGCGGUCCUCCACCGCAUCCGACAAGUAUUGUCAACGCCCCCCAUUUCAGAUCUCUCCACUGACGAGAUCCAACGUACUUUUGGAGACCCUGACACAAACCUCAGCCGUCCUGACCUCCAGACUUUAACUUAUCUCCUCUAUAAACUCCAUGUUCUCGGAGUGGUAGAGGAUAGCUCAUGGACACCAACUAUUGGUGAGAUCGAGAGAGCCUACAACAGCUCUAGGUGGCAGACAUGGGACGAGAGUAGCACGCUUCCUGGAGAUGGGAUCGAAUUCCACGGAGCACUUAGGAGUAAGCAUGGUAGACGGCGUCUAUUUGUGACCGAGAGGCGAUAUCUUGGACUGGGCCCUGCAUCGAUGGUCGAAGGGGAUGAGGUAUGGGUUAUACCUGGUGCUGGUGCUACAUUCGUUCUUAGACCUCUGGAAGACGGGGCAUUUGCUUUGAUUGGCGAGGCGUAUGUACAUGGGGUUAUGAAUGGGGAGGCUGUUCCAGACGGGGAUGUAAAUCUUUCUCAUAUUCGUCUUGUUUAG